AUGAGCUCCCGAACGUUGAAUUGGUCUCGAACAGCCAAAUCCUCAUUAGUGAAGCAACAUCUAGUUCGCCCGAGUGACCCUAUUGCGGCGCGCCCGGCACAGGCGCUGAAUGUCCGAGCCCAGCAAAUCGCGGAGUUCUCGGGCAGCAGCGAAAACCAAGAUCGCCUCGGCCACCGCGCAAAGGAGAAAUUGCUCGAUCGGGAAUUUUUUCUUAGCCUCCUGAGCUCCGCGUCGACUAAGCGCGAGGCUAAAUCGUACCUAGCUCGGCUUAAGGCCAGCCCCGCCAAAUCGCGCCAAGAGCCUACCCCCGAAUUCCUGAAGGAUUCCAUAUCAGCAUCUCUGCCCUCUGGUGUCAAUUUGGGCUCGUUCUAUGGCGCCUCUAGGGCGGUGUAUGACAGUCCUGUCUUCCGCCAAGAUACAACUCCCACUCCGCGCCCACAAGAUAUACCUGAAAGGUUGCACUUGGCCUUGAUCAAAAUCACCACCCCGCAAUUACUCGACGAUUCCGUGAUCAAUGGAGUGGCUAAGACUCUGUCGCAGCUCGUCCGUCUGGGUAUGGCAUGCUGCGUGGUUAUCGAUCCCGGGAAGAUGGAUGGCCCUGCUGGGCGACAAACAGGCAUUGAGCAGGCAAAUCGGAUAUCGGCCGCAGUCGAUGAGCUGCCCGACUCGAAAUCAUUCAGACUAGACUCGACGUUAUCUAUACCUGAGCGGGGGUCCGGCCAACUUGAGGUGCUAUCGCGAAAAGUGCUCUUGAGUGCCCUUCGGGAUGGUCAUGUGGUACUUAUUCCGCCGAUUGCCUAUGUUGAGGAAAAUCCACGAGCUGUGACAGUUUCAGCUAACGAUGCCACCCUUGCACUGACGAAAGAAUUUGCCGGAUUGUCUUUACAUCCUGACCCGGACGAGGAUCCAGUAGUAACUGUCGAGAGAAUCACAGCUCUACAAAAAGAAGUCUCCCUGGACCGUGUCAUUGUUCUCGAUCCGCUUGGGGGCAUUCCGGCUUUCAAGGGCCCCCAAUCAUCGCACGUUUUCAUCAACAUGGAGCAAGAGUUUGAUCAAAUUGAAGAUGAGCUUUCCCAGGCACGAAACUCUUUUUCUGGAACCCAUGAUUUAUCAAAACAGUCAACCGCAGAAGCUACUUAUCCAAUUCUGGAAAGUAACCCAUUUUCAAAGUUUGUCAAUCGUGAGGUUGUCUCGCCUGCGCAACCUACUGCACCCAGCCGAUCACCGGGUGCCGAGGCGAUGGAGGAGGUGCUAGAUGGGCAUAUAGAGAAUCUCCGAUUAGCCCAACAAGCAUUAGCAAUGCUACCAUCGGCCUCUUCAGGGAUUAUCACCUCCCCACAAGAAGUCUCAUAUUCAGCCCGCUCACCGCAAGAGGCUGCUUCGGACCUAUCAGCUGUUGGAACCCGUCGACAGCGCAACCCAUUGAUCCACCACCUCCUCACCGACAAGCCCCUACUAUCAUCAUCUCUACCCCCUGGUCGGCGCGGAGUUUUCAAAGGCAGGAAAUCUAGCACCCUCAGCCCGGUCAUCUCCCACACGACCUUUGUCAAACGUGGAAUGCCUCUCACAAUCCUCCCCAACCCCUACAAAAAACCCUGGACAGCCCAGCUCCAACCACGGCUGGGACUACACGACCCUUCCAUCGAUCUCCCCCGUCUAGUCACCCUAAUCGAGGACUCCUUUGACCGCAAACUCGAUGUCCAAAACUACCUCGACCGGGUGAACAGCCGUAUCGCCGGCGUCAUCGUUGCCGGCGAGUACGAAGGCGGUGCAAUCCUGACCUGGGAAUUGCCGCCGGGCGUACCGGACGAUGGAAGUGAAGCCAGUACUGCCCGCAUGGUGCCGUAUCUAGAUAAGUUCGCCGUGCUGAAGCGUAGUCAGGGCGCGGGCGGUGUCGCGGACAUUGUGUUCAAUGCGAUGGUGCGCACAUGUUUCCCCAAUGGAGUCUGCUGGCGUAGUCGCAUCGACAACCCUGUAAAUAAAUGGUACUUCGAGCGGUCGUUGGGUACCUGGAAACUGGCUGAUAGUAAUUGGGCUAUGUUCUGGACGACGCCUGGGUUGGUGGAGGAUACUCAACGCUUCCAGGAUUUUGAGGCUGUUUGUCGGUCUAUUCAACCUAGUUGGGCUGAUAACAAAAGUGUCAUUGACUGA